CUUAGUGGGAAAACCUAAUUAGGGUACACAGCAACGCUGCUUGAUUUUUGGCAUAAUGGAUUUCAAGAAUCAUGCUCCGCCGCAGCUCACGGUGGAGGCAGAAGCGCAGCUCCAAGAAGGCAUCAAUCUAGUGCUGUCUCGAUGGGCCUCUCUCCAGAUGGCCGUCGCAAACGAGUGGGGAGGCCGCGGAUCUCAUCAGAAAUCCCAAGAGCUUUCUGAACGCAUCUUCUCAUUCUUCACUCAAUCCAAGGAACAGGUAUAUAUUGACGAUUUAGAGGAAAUUCUUGACGAAUUCAUGCUUUCGGAUUUCAAUACCGAGGUCGGAGAUGGAAGCAUCGAGGAGGUAGCCGAAAAGAUGAUGAUUAUGCACGAGGAAUGUACGGAAGGUAAUUUCGAAUCGAUUAAUGAACUGAAGCGGACAAAUCCUGGGAAUUCCGCUGUUAAUUAUAGCAGACAGGCUGCUAGUGAUGAUGAAGAUGAUGAUGUUGAGAAUGAUAAGUUGGGCGAUGAUUCAUCUGACAUGGCAGUAGAUGCUUCAGAGGUCCAAGGCCAAAAAGAUAUGAUGGUAGAUGAACCAAGAACAAAUAAUGGCGCUGAAACGGAAGACGGGUGGACAGUAGUGUCCUCAAGGCGUAAAAAUGGUAGAAGGAAUUGAUUCAAAAUUUCAACAGCCCAAUUUUGUAUUAUGCAUUUUCAGUUUGCGCAGUUGUGAUGUGUUUUAUGUUAUAAUUUUGAGUUGAUGCCUGGAAUACCACACUGCAAAAAUGGUGUCUUUUUGCUAUAUCUCUACUUUGUUAGUUAUAUAGAAGUUGACAAUUCCAGUGGCAUUUCUUGUUCUCUAUUAUUCUCAUAUUCCUAUUUAAAAAAGGGUUAAUUUAUGUGUUGAUUAGCUUA